AUGUUUAGAUGGUUUGUUUAUUUUAUUGCUCCUUUUUGUAUACCUUUUUUAUGGUGGUGUCCCUCAUUAUGGAGUCUUAUUUAUUUUAUACUCAUCGGCAUAAGUGUAAUGUUAGCGAUUUUCUCCUUUUCUACUUUGGGUCACAUUGCAUUGUCGUCUCCUCACCAAACAGCACUAUUUCUAUUGGACAGAAUAGAAAGACAAGCUCGAGAGUUAGAAGCGGAGAUCAAGGAGGAUCAAAACAACUGUGCUUUCAUGGCUAAAAAGCCACACUUACCUGUCGUAUUCGGCAGAACUGUUGAUAGCCAAUUGCAACUUUUAAUAGACUAUUUUCUUAGAGAUUUUUUGGCUCGCUGGCUAAAGGAGCUCUCCCAUAAGCCGGAGCCCGUGAUAGAAAAGUUCAAAGAGCACAUAUGGGGUGCAGUACAAAAUUUAUAUGAAAGAUUACUGAGAGUGGAUGCAGAAAAACUGCUAGCAAAUGAUAUGGUACUGAAAAUAACACAACAUUUUGAAAGGAUAAGGAUUGCUAAAAGUUGUGCGUUGGAGUUAAAUCAGCCUCCAGUAUUUGCGCUGGCCCCGCACUUGAUGUCUCCUGAAGCAGAACUGCAUUAUUUACGGCAAAUCAGUGAGCUACUAAUAACAUUCCUGAUGCCCCGAUGUUAUUCACUACCACCUGUCUCGCAUCUGAUUAGAGAAAUCUUAGCAUGCAAGAUUUUACAGCCAGCAGUUGACUUGGUGACCGAGCCAGACUAUAUAAAUCAGAAGAUAUUACAGUAUCUUGAAGCACAGAAGGAGGUAGACGCAAUGCAUGUAAGGACGCAUGAAUAUGCUAAAACUUUUGAGGAUUACAUUAAACUUAUUAAUAAUUGCGACAAUAUGGACACGCUUAAACGCUUAAGAUAUGACAUUGUUACACAAAUAAUGCAAGCGACUACACUACAGAAUAUAAAGAGAGCUAAAGGUAUAGAUGUCGAUAUGGCAGAGAAGACUCAACACAACAUCAGCAGACAACAGUUGGCGGACGCAAAGAAGUUAAAGAGAUAUAUUGAUCAGUUAACUAUUGCUAAAACAGAAUGUGAAUCUGCUUUGAAGAAAUUGGGUUGGGAUGGAGCUUUCCCUGCUGUGGAGUCUGAGAAUAAGACAAUACCGCUGCACAAAGUGAUGGGGAGUGUGACCGGGCGGCGGUACCUGUCGAUGUUUCUAGAAACCCUCUGCUCUCAAGGUCUGGUGGGAUUCUGGACGGCGGUCGAGGAGUUACGCCACAGCCCUCGAAGCAGUUGGCACCAGCUCGGCGCAGAAAUAUUCUACACAUACAUCAGAUGCCCCAGCGCUGAGAUCAAAGUUGAUAAAGAAACAAGAAAGCGAAUGGAGUCUUUCCUACUCGGUGACAAAGGACCAGAAGUUUUUUAUGAAGUACAAGAGACGGUAGUCGAUACUAUACAGGAGAAAUAUUACUCCUCGUUCCUACUUAGUGAUCAGUACAAGGCAUUGAUAGCAGAACUAGCCACUGAGGAAGCAAAUAAAGAGCUAUGUUCGGAGCGCUCGCCAAUAGAGGACCGUCAACUAUCCAACGAGUCUGUGUCAUCGGCGGAGAGCGCGGGCACCCUGCACCUGGCCGAGCACUCCACGUACGCGCGACGAAAGCUGGAUCAGCUGCAGGAGCGGCACAACAACAAGACCCAGGCUCUAGCGGCUCUGCGGGCGUCGUUGAAGCCGGAGUCGCCGGCGCUGGCGCUGCUGGCGGGCGAGGUGGAGCGGCUGGCGGGCGAACAGCUGCGGCUGGAGGCGCACCUGGCGCGCACCGACACCUGGGCCGACCACCUGGGCAGCUGGCGCGCGACCGUACACUCUGCUGAGAUGAUAGACGAGUCGAAGCCGCCUCAGUUCGUGAUAGUGGUGCACAUGGCCGAGGACGAGAGCUGCAACGAUGACCGACCGGAGCAGAUCACCACCGGCUGGGUGCUGCUGCGCACGCUCAACGAGUUCCAGGAUUUGCAUCGAAAGUUGAGGCCAAUGUGUUCGGAAUUGAAAAAUCUUGAGCUACCCUCGAAUUCUUUUAAGUUUUUAUUUGGCAAGAACGACCGAAACUCGUUGGAAAAGGCAAAAUUGUUAAUACAAAAAUAUUUAGAGUUUGUUCUAGAAGAUGAAAGGCUGAAUCAGUGCGAGGCGGUGUACACGUUCCUCAACCCCAGCUCCGAGUAUCUCAAACAGGGGGAUCUGCCCAAGAAGAACAAGUUCUCCUUCUCUACGCUAUUUAAAAGUACGAGCAGCGAAGCCACAACUCGGUCGUCACAGGAGAAGGAACCUUUCACACACAUAUCGGCGGACGAGGACGAGAUAUCUCUGUACCUGGACGGUAACGGAGCGGACGCAGCCAACAAGCACAUCAACACAUCUAUGAGAGGUGGCAGCGGGCUGGAGGAGCGGGACAGCAUAGCGGAGCCGCUGUACGCGCUGCUGAGCGAGGUGUUCGACAUGCGCGGCGUGUUCCGCUGGCUGAGGAAGACGCUCGUCACCUUCGUGCAGAUCACGUACGGCCGCACCAUCAACAGGCAAAUUAAGGAGACGAUAUCGUGGCUGUUCUCGGAGCAGAUGCUGCACUACUACACCAUUAUAGUGCUCAAGUCGUGGUGGCCGGGUGGCGUGCUCUGUGAUAACACUAACAACAGAAACGAUGAUGAUAAAGAGCGUCGUCGCUUGGCGGCGGCGGCGGCGCUGCGGGAGGCGGUGUUAGCUGCGCUGGCGUCGCUGGUGGGGGCGCACGCGGCGGCGCGCGGCGCUCACAAGCUGCACGCCACGCUCAUGAACACCACGCACAACAAGCAGCUGUGUUAUGAGCUCUUCGAAAUCGUCCUGUUGGAAGUAUUUCCUGAACUGAAACGUUAUCAAUAAACUUUUGUAGCACGAUUUACACUCGAUCGGCCUGCAGAACCAAGGAUGAUUUUAUCUUGCGACAGCAGAGCGACAGAUGUUUACAGCAAAUGUUGAGCAAUAUCUGCUGUUUACCCAAAAUUUUCCUGUACCUAAUUUUUGACAGACAGCAGAUAAAAUUAUCGCCUGUUGUAUUGCUGUUGCAAGAUGGUAAGUGUGAUAAUUGGUCACAACUGUGCUUAUUACAAUAGUCUGUUUUUUAGCCAACGUUUCGCGGUUUCUAACGUUUUUUUAAUUGAAGUUGAUCUCUUAGACGUCAAAAUAUUAGCAAAUCAACAAUGAUGUUGAAUAAACUCUUGUCAAAAACCUUAUAAACCGAGCAUUAAAUAUUUUUUUUAUAAUUUUUAUGUAUGGUAUAUAUU